ACCCCCACCCCCACGCACAGCACAAAGGCGACGCAAGCAAGCAGCAGCAGCAGCUUUUCCUCGCCUCAUCUCCCUUGCUCGCGCACCAACUCUUUCAAAAUCCCCCCUUUCUCGCGUGCGCGUGUCGAUUCCGCCGUCGAUUCGGGGGCCGCCUGGAUGAGGCGGCCGCGCUGACCGGAGCCGAACCCGCCGCCGCCCCAUGGCGCAGCCGCAGCAGCGAGUCUACCAAGCCUGGAAAGGGAAUAAUAGGUUCUUCCUUGGAGGGAGAUUGAUAUUCGGGCCCGACGCCAAGUCCCUGCUCGUCUCGGUUGCGCUCAUCGUGGUGCCGGUUCUGGUCUUCUGCGCUUUCAUCGCGCCGCACCUUCUCCAUCGGUUCCCCGACUACAACGCAGGAUACGCUAUUCCUGCGGUGGCGGUAGGGUUCAUGAUCUAUGUGCUUCUGUUACUGUUGAUCACCUCAGCUCAGGAUCCUGGCAUCGUGCCUCGCGCAUCGCAUCCGCCCGAGGAGGAUUUUGCGUAUGGCAAUCCAUUGGCCGGAGAAACGCCGGGCAGGCUGCAGUUUCCCCGCAUAAAGGAAGUGAUGGUUAAUGGGAUGCUUGUCAAGAUAAAGUAUUGCGAUACCUGCAUGAUUUACCGCCCUCCUCGGUGUUCGCACUGCUCCAUAUGCAACAAUUGUGUGGAGCGCUUUGAUCAUCAUUGCCCCUGGGUUGGACAAUGCAUUGGUCAGCGCAACUACCGAUACUUUUUCCUAUUUGUUUCUUCCUCGACUCUUCUUUGCAUUUAUGUCUUUGCCAUGUCGGCACUACACAUCAAGUUUCUCAUGGGCGAAGACUAUCCUACAGUAUGGAAGGCUUUCAAACACUCUCCAGCCUGCUUGGUGCUUAUGAUAUAUUGUUUCAUUGCUCUCUGGUUUGUUGGCGGGCUCACUGGAUUUCAUUCAUAUCUCAUUAGCACUAACCAGACGACGUACGAGAAUUUUCGGUACAGAGCAGACAGCAGGCCUAACGUGUAUGACCAAGGAUGUCUGAACAAUUUCCUAGGAGUCCUGUGCAGCAAGGGGAAACCUUCUAAGCACAGGUUCCGAGCCUAUGUUCAAGAGGAAGUACGUGCUCCGGUGGUCAACUUUGGUAGGCAGAUGGAGGAGGAAGCAGCUGGCGGCCCUCGCGCAAAAGUAGAGGAUGAUCUCGAGAUCGGCAGCGAUCUCCUGAAGAUCUCUCAGCGGCGCAACUACGAGGACGUUGAUGUCGAAAUGGGAAACCAGGACGACAGUGAGACGAAAGGCAUGGGCAGCGCCAAACCGAAACCGGCGAUGGGCUCGGGAUCGCAGAUCCCCGCGGUCGGAAGCGAGGUACGAGUGCGGCACUCGAGCUGGGAUCGGAGGAGUGGGAACUGGGACAUGUCGUCGGAGGUGAUCGGAAGGAGCGCGUCGGAUGUGCUUGGAAGAAGCGCUUCCGUCACCGAGGCUGCGUCGCAAUCUCGAAGAGAAGCUCAGUAGUGGCCAAGCCAUGUGUGAAUCCUGAACUUUGUGUUGGCGGGCUGGAAUCUUGGACGAUUUUUACUGAUGGCGACACACCGUCCUCGAGAAGAAUGACCAUGAUCCAUUUUGACUUUUGACUGAGAUGUUUGGUGUUUUCGAUCCCUUCUCUAUGUAUGAACAGUUGUUGUAGUCAAAAGGAUCGGUGGUAAUUGGGGGUCACAUAUCGGUCCUUUUUUUUUUUGCGCCGUUGUUGUCUGACAGCGUUCGGCAUCAUCAUUCUUUGUGUAAAUUGCUAAUGCAGGAUACUCAUCCACCUGUUUGGAA